UGUCUUAUUUUCUGAUCUUGUCGAGUACAAAUAAUAGAUAAGAGACAAACAAUAGAUGAGUUGUUGUGCUCGACAAUUUGGGAAGAUGUCUGAGUACAACACACCUAGCUUUAUCCCCUAUAAAUACGUUUAUACCCCCCAGCCUGAAAAGUUAACCAUGCAGGCAUCAAAUCACACAGCACUAACUCAUCAAGAGCUCUACAUAUACAUACUAAUUAAACCUAAAUACGUAGCCUGAUCAGUUUAGGUUUGUCAAACGCCAUGGAUAUGGAGAUGGGUAAAUUGCUUCAUCGCCCAUGGAAAUGGAGCUUAAACUCGCCGCUACUGCUGCUGCUCAUCGUCCCCGUGAUGAUCCACGUACAGCUGAAGCUACGUCGUCGUCGCAAGAACGCCGCCGCCGGCACGAGGCUGCCGCCGGGGCCAUGGCGGCUCCCCGUCAUCGGCAGCCUGCACCACCUCGCCAUGAACCCGAAGGCGGUGCACCGCGCGCUGGCCGACCUCGCGCGGCGGUGCGGCGGCGGCGGCGGCGUCAUGUACCUCCGCCUCGGCGAGCUCCCCGUCGUGGUGGCCUCGUCGCGGGACGCCGCCCGGGAGGUCCUGAGGACGCACGACGCCGCGUUCGCCACCCGCGCCAUGAGCGUCACGGUGAGGGACUCCAUCGGCGACACGGUGGGGAUACUCUUCUCGCCGUACGGCGAGCGGUGGCGCCGCCUCCGCGGGAUCUGCAGCCUCGAGCUCCUCAACGCGAGGCGGGUGCGCUCGUUCCGCCCCAUCCGGGAGGAGCAGGUCGCCCGCCUCGUUGGCGCCAUCGCCGCCGCCGCCGCCGCUCCCGGCGGCGAUCAGCCGCCGCCGGUGAACGUGAGCUGGCAGAUCGCCGGGGCGCUUACCGACCUGACGCUGCGCGCCAUCAUGGGGGAGUGCGGCUUCCGAUGGCGGGAGGAGUUCCUGGAGACGCUGGGCGAGGCGCAGAGGAAGGCGAGCAGGUUCGGCGUCGCCGACCUGUUCCCGUCGUCGAGGCUCCUCCGCGCCGUCGGGAGCACGGCGGUGCGCGACGUGAGGGCGUUGAACGCCAAGCUGUUCGAGCUGGUGGACCGCGCCAUCGAGCAGCACCGGGAGGCGGCGGCGACGACUGCGGCUGGCGGCGACCACGACGACGGCGGCGACGACGACGCGCGUGACGACAACGAGUGCUUGCUGAAUACUCUCAUGAGAAUCCAGAAGGAAGGUGGUGGCACUCUCUCCAUGUCAACAGUCAAAGCCGUUAUUCUUGACAUGUUUGCAGGUGGAAGCGAAACAACAUCAACAAUACUUGAAUGGGCCAUGUCAGAGCUUGUGAAGAAUCCUCAAGUGAUGCAGAAGGCGCAAGCACAGAUACGACUUGCUUUGCAAGGAAGAUCUAGAAUAACAGAAGAUGACUUGAUAAAUUUAAGUUACCCAAAGAAUAUAAUCAAGGAAACACUAAGACUGCAUCCUGUAGCACCCCUACUUAUGCCAAAAGAGUGUCAAGAGUCAUGCAAAAUAUUAGGAUAUAACAUUCCAAAAGGGUCAAUCAUGUUGGUGAAUGUAUGGGCCAUCGGUAGAGACCACAGAUAUUGGGAUGAUGCGGAAGUAUUUUUGCCAAAGCGUUUUGAGGAAAUCACAGUUGAUUUUGGAGGCACAAACUAUGAAUUCAUACCAUUUGGGGGAGGACGGAGAAUAUGUCCAGGCAUAACAUUUGCACAUGCCACACUCGAGUUGGCCCUCACUGCUCUCCUAUACCAUUUUGAUUGGCAUCUUCCUCCUAGUGUUACACCAGAUGGGUUGGACAUGGAAGAGGAAUUCGGGAUGAACGUUCGUAGAAAAAGGGAUCUUCAUCUACAUCCAGUAAUUCAUGUUGGAGUAGAAAAAGGUAUAAUGAGCUAGAUAUAUGGUUAAUGUAAGUGCAUUUUUAUAGGUGUGUAUCGACUUCUUGAAUAAUCAUCCUCAAUAAAGUUGCACGACUCUCUUAAAGCGGUAAGCAUUUUUUUAAAGAUUAUUAGCUUAUAACUGGUUUUUAAAGCUAUGCAAGAUAUGGUAGGUUCUUCUGCA